AAAAUUGGGCGUGUGGAGAAAUGUUAACACAGAAAUCCAUUUACCUUUUACACAUUGGACUCUUUAAAACACGACUUCACCUCCCUACCUGAGACUAUUCGACAUAAAUCCUCUUUGCUAAAGAGAAGAAGAUAUUCUCUAAGAGGAAGCUGCAUGGUCAGCGUGCUGUGUAAGGAUGGCGUUGGAGGAAAAGGCGAGGAGCAGUUUGCUGCGCUUUCGCCACAGGCUGGAGCAGGACAUUAAGCCCUCCUACCUGAUGGACCACAUGAUCAGCGAUGAUGUGCUUACUGUGGAUGAGGAGGAGAUGAUCAGAACAAAGCCCAACAGGAAGGAUCAGGCUGCUGCCCUGCUGGAGCUUCUGCUGAGGAAGGACAACCGUGCCUACAUCUCCUUCUACAAUGCCUUGGUCAAGGAGACAUAUGAUGAUUUGGCUAAUCUGCUUCAUGGCGACCUACCGCAAACAUCAACCAGCAAACAGAACGGCUCGUCCGAUUGCUUCACAUCUUCUGUCCAGACACUGCUCAGCGAGGGUGGCGUACCACAGAGACCUGUGGUGUUUGUCAGCAGACCUGAGCUUGUGAACCGAGUCAGGGAGAAGCUCUACCGGCUGCACAAGGACACGGGCUGGAUCACUAUCUUUGGCAUGGCUGGUUCAGGCAAAUCUGUCCUUGCUGCUGAGGCUGUCAGACACCAUGGACUCAUUGAAGACUGCUUCCCCGGAGGGAUCCACUGGCUGUCCAUUGGUCAGCUGGACAAACCUGACUUGCUGGUGAAGAUGCAGUCCUUGUGUUUCCGUCUAGAGCAGAGCCUGGAGGCACAGUCUCAACACCGGCCCCCAAACUCUCUGGAUGAAGCCAAGGAGCGUCUACGCUUCCUCAUGCUGCGCAAAUAUCCCAGGUCUCUCCUGAUUCUUGAUGACAUCUGGGACAGCAUGGUGUUAAAGGCAUUUGAUAUCCACUGUCGCAUCCUGUUGACCACCAGGAAUAGAAGUCUUGCAGAUUCUGUCAGUGGUGCUAAAUAUGAGGUCGAAGUGGAGAGUGGUCUGGAUGAAGACAAAGGACUGGAGAUCCUGGCUCUUUAUACAAACAGUAAACCACAGGGACUUCCUGAAGAGGCUCGAAGCAUAGUCAGAGAAUGCAAAGGUUCCCCUCUUGUAGUGUCCCUGAUCGGCGCUCUCCUCAAAGACAAACCAAACCGCUGGCGUUACUACCUCUGUCAGCUGCAGCAGAAACGCUUUAAGAGAAUAAAGAAGUCAUCAUCUUACGACUACGACGCCCUUGACCAAGCCAUGUCUGCGAGCAUCGAAGUCCUACCUGAUGAGCACAGAGAGCUCUAUAAGGACCUCACUGUGCUGGAGAAGGACAUCAAAAUCCCUGCAAAGGUGCUGUCCAUACUGUGGGACUUGGAGCCGGAAGAGGUGGAGGACAUUCUCGAGGAGUUUGUCAACAGGUCUCUGCUGUUUGUGGACAAUCACAAUAAGCCCUACCUGUACUACCUCCAUGACCUGCAGCUGGACUUCCUGGUGGAGCAGAAUCGCACUCAGCUAGAGAGCCUUCACUCUAAGGUGGUGCAUCAGUACCAGCAGCACUACAGAGACGGUCCUCCCACAUCAGGAGACGAGGAAUGUCUCUACUGGAUCAGAUUCUUAACCUUCCACAUGGCCAAAGCCAACCUGUCUCAGGAGCUCUACUCGCUCAUGUUUUCUCUGGACUGGGUCACCACAAAGUCCCAGAUCAUGGGUCCAGCUCACCUCAUCAAUGAUUAUGUGGAGUACGGACCUAUACUGGACAAAGAGAACAGUGACGUGAGAAGUCAGUUCCAGGAGUUUCUGUCUCUCAACGGCCACCAGCUGGAGCAGCGUCCUUUCCCGGACGUGGUGCAGCUUGCACUCUCUCAGCCACACUCCUCUGAGGUGUACAGACAGGCUCUGCUGCAGGCACAGGACCGGGCCAGCAGAGGGAGACUCUACUUUGACUGGCUGAAUAAGGGCAGUGUUGAAAGUCUGUCCCGACUGGUGAUCCAUCCCCAUCAGGGCUCCAUCUACUCUGCCUGCUUCUCUCACGACGGAGCCAAGAUUGCCUCCUGUGGAGCCAGCAAGACGCUCAAGGUGUUCAAAAGCACCUCAGGCGAGAAACUCACAGAGAUCCAGGCCCACGAUGACGAGGUGCUCUGCUGUGCCUUCUCCCCGGACGACCGCCUUUUAGCGACCUGCUCUAGUGACAGGAAAGUCAAGGUGUGGAACGUGGAGCGAGCCAUGCUGUUGAGGGUUUUUGAGGAGGAGCAUGAGGAGCAGGUCAACCACUGUCAGUUCACCAACACGACACGGCGCCUCCUGCUGGCCACAUGCUCCAAUGACAAGUUCAUGAAUGCCAAGUUGUGGAACCUCAACAAGCCGUCCUCCCAGAACACCAUGUUUGGCCACUUCGAGCCCGUUAAUCACUGCUGUUUCUCCCCUGAUGACACCUAUGUGUCCACUUCCUCUAACGACGGCACCGUAAAGCUUUUUCAGGUGUCGUCUGCGAACGAGUGGAAGACAAUCAACGUGCGAGACGUGCUUGCAGAGAGCGACGAAGAGGUUUUUGUUAAGUGCAGCACCUGGACAGCUGAUGGCAAACGCAUCAUAUGUGCAGCCAGAAAUGCCGCUCUGGUGUUUGAUGUGGAGACAUCGGACAUGUUGUUGGAGAUCAAAACCAAUCGUCUGAGCAUGGUGCAGUACUGUCACGCCUGUCCUACCAGUAACCUGCUGGCUAUUGCAUUCUCCAACUACGCUGUGGAGCUGUGGGACUUGGAGUCCAAAAAGAAGAUGGCGGACUGCAGCGGUCACCUAAGUUGGGUGCAGCGGGUUCACUUCUCUCCUGAUGGCUCCCUGCUGCUCUCCUGCUCUGAUGACCAGACUGUCAGGUUAUGGGAGACUAAAAAGGUGCACACCUCCUCUGCUGUCUGCCUGAAAAGAGACUCUGACAUUCUCUUCAACGAUGAAGAAAUCAUCGUGUCAGCUGCUGACAACUGCAACCGACUGCAGGUUCGUGAAGGCAGGACAGGAUCAGUGCUGUUCCAGUCAGAGGAGAUGUCCUCCAGGAUUCGGUGUACGUGUAUGUGCAGGCAGCCGUCUGCUGUGGCCCUGGGUCAGGAAGACGGCACCGUACAGGCUGCAGGGCUGACAGCUAGUGAGGUGCUGAGGAGGGUCAGCAUCAGGAUCCGGCGACUGUUGACCUCUUUCAGGGGUCUGAUGGUGGCUGUAGGGCUUUGCACAGGCAGCGUGAAGGUGUUAGAGGUGCCCUCUGGGAAGCUCCUGGCCACCCUGCUGGGACACACCAAGACUGUUCUGCACUGCAAGUUCAGCCAGGACGGCCAAACACUCAUCACAUCCUCAGAGGACACCACGAUAAGGGUGUGGAGGUGGCAGUCAGGGGAGUGUAAAGUACUGCAGGGUCACAAGGAACAAGUCCGGUGCUUCUCCCUGCUCUCAAACUCACCUGCUGACACCAGACUGCUGUCCUGGUCCUACGAUGGCACUGCCAAGAUGUGGGACAUGACGAGUGGAGAGAAGCUGCGCGACAUCGAGGCUCAUCGGGGAGCCAUCCUGUCCUGUCAUGUCUCGCCAGACGGCUGCCUCUUCGCUACCACCUCUGCUGACCAGACUGCUAAGUUGUGGCACUGUGAGUCCUGGCAGUGUGUCGGCACACUGAGCGGCCAUCAGGACUGCGUCCGAAGCUGCAGAUUUUCAUGGGACAGCCGACGCCUCGCCACGGGAGACGACAACGGAGAGAUCCGACUUUGGAGCGUUAAAGGCGGCACUCUGCUGAAGAUAUGUUCGCGGGACGGUAAAGACGCCAUGGACUCACUGCACGGAGGCUGGGUCACCGAUCUGCACUUCUCACAAGACAACUCUCUACUGGUAUCAACAGGAGGCUACAUCAAGUGGUGGGACGUGGAGAAAGGUGAGGCCCUGCAAACCUUCUAUCCAACCGGAACCGCCUUGAAGAGGAUCCACGUCUCGUCGGACUUCACUACCUUCGUCACCAUCGACAACAUCGGCAUCCUCUACAUCUUGCAGAGGGUAGUUUGACUGCUCCAAAGACCAAAAAGGACAGAUUUUAAAAAAGAAAUCAAUCACUACAUUCUUCUUGCAAAAACACAUCUGGUUAACCUGUUUCUAGAGACAGGUUGGACUCUUGAAGAAGUCUCAACUGAAAGCUGCGAUAUCCCAUCACCACAUACUUCUCAACAACUUCACAAUAGAGCCUUUACUUUCACUUACAUGGGGUAAAAUGACUCUUACAACUCAAAUGACUUUUACAACUUGCCUUUCACAGUUUGAAGUACCUUUCUUUUAUACAGCUGGUGCAGAGACUAUCAGUUGUUGGAAGCUUGGAUGCCUCUUGACAGCUUAGAGAUUCUUAAGAGUCCUGCUCCUACCUCUCUAUUUUCAACAAAAAAAAGGGUUGAUUAAAAAUGUGAUUUUUAAAAAUUCUGAGAAUAGAGCAGAAUGUCUUAUCAAGAAAAAGAAAUGUAGAAAAAAAAAAAGGUGCAUUAAAAAGCCAUAAGUUUACAUGGUAACACUCCCUGUGAAGAUCAGGUCUCCUAAAGCACAUCUUGUGAAUCAAUCAAACUUUGAACGAGACUCACACCAACAGGUUUAAGACAUGUGAUCUUUGCCUCAGUCCAAAUGUGAAUAUGUAAUGUUAAUCCAUAUUGCAAUAGGGUAGAAUAUUAUUGCAUGUAUGUAUGUGAGAGGUUUGUAAUAUAAGCUAUCAUGCACGUCUGCUGAUCUGUAAGAUUUCAUGAAGUGCAUUUGAUUUGUCUAUGUUGUGAUGCUUUCUGUCAUAUCUGUGUUCAGGUUAAAUCUCGUGUGUCUAUUUUGGGGACUUUAGUUUAAAUCCUUUGUCUGAGUUGAAGCACUACUCAAGGCUGUGUAUGUGUUAUGCACAUGAGUUUCUAAAUCCACCAGCAUAAAAAUAACUUCUAGUGAACUUUGGUCUGCUUUGAAAUGAAUGGUUUGAUUAAAGUUUUAAUGAUUGAGCAUUUAAAUUUGAAUUCAAAAUCGUUUAAAGGCCUACAUGUGAACUUCUACCUUUGAACUUAGAUCAAAGGUAAAUUUUUUUAAUGAAAAAAGCAGUAUUUAAGUAUUUUAAAUCAAAAUUUCUGUGUAAUUCCUGCAUUUUGUACCACUCCUUUUAAACUUUUGAAACCACUUUGUACACACAUUUUGAACUGCAUGUUGUCUAGCUAUAACGCCUUUUCUAUUCUGUGCACUUUGAAGCAGGAGUUACAAUCUUUAUGAGCUCUUCACAUUGGGCUAUUUCACACUGGUGCAUUAAAGUCAUAAUGAAAUUCAAUCUACAGAUUUCUUCAAGUGAGGACAUCUUUGUCUUAAAAUGUUUCCGAGGAUCAAUGUCUGCUCAGGUUAUGGUACUGUAAUGUGGUGUGCUCCAAUAUGAGUGUAAUUUAUCAAAGAUUAAACUACACACAGUGCAAAAAUG